UGCAAAGAGGCGGAGAGGGUGAGCGCAGAUGAGUGAAAGGAAAUGUUUUUCUAGCAUCCAAAGGAAGCUUUUCCCCCCUGUAACCUCCAUUAAACCUUUACUGGGAAACAGCUGGAGGUCCUUCAUCAACCACCUGAUCAUGAUGAAGCCGGAUAUUGGGGUAACCUCCCGUUCAGCUCAGACAGUUUGAGCUACCGCCGGAGAGAUAAAGGUUGUCUCCAAAAUGAUGAGACGCACAUUUAUUGCUGCCAGUCGUGUCCUGUCUCCACGACCGCGCUGCCUCUCUGGCGGAGAAGGAACCGAAGAUGUGUCUGAAUGGGCAGCGGCUCCGCAAAUCACGCAGCAGGCGUCUCUUUAUGUGCAUUGGCCUUACUGUCUCAGGAGAUGCUCCUACUGCAAUUUCAAUAAGUACAUAUCCAAAGAGAACAAUGACCACAUCAUGACUAAGUGCCUUCAGAGGGAGACUGAGACAUUGCUGCGGCUUAGUCAAGUAUCCUGCAUCACCUCAGUGUUUUUUGGUGGUGGGACUCCAAGCCUGGCCCACCCCUCCACCUUUGCUGCGAUCCUCGAGACUGUUUCCAGGCAGGUCAGUCUCUCAGAUGAGGCUGAAGUCACACUCGAGGUCAACCCCACUCCCGUGGGAAAGUCCAAGUUAGAGGCCUACUGCCGUGCUGGGGUGAACCGAUUCUCCAUUGGAGUUCAGUCACUGCAGGAUGACGACUUGAAAAUUCUGGGACGAGACCACACGUCUCAUGAGGCUUUGCAGACUAUUGAAGAGGCCAGGAGGCUGUGCCCUGGUAGGGUGUCGUUGGAUGUCAUGUUCGGGCGUCCCGAACAAACCGUUGACUCCUGGGAAAAAGAGUUGUCUGAGCUGCUGAGGGUGUGUGAUGACCACGUGUCUUUGUACCAGCUGACCCUGGAGCGAGGCACUCAGCUGUUUAAACAAGUUCAAAGCGGUGCAGUGGCGCUGCCCGCUGAGGAUGUGACAGCAGAGAUGUACCAGUGUGCCAGGAAGACACUGCACCAGCAUGGCUUUCAGCAAUAUGAGGUGUCGAAUUUUGCAAGACAUAGUUCAGUGAGUCAUCACAAUAUGAGCUACUGGAAAGGAAACCAAUACAUCGGUGUUGGCCCAGGAGCACACGGGCGGUUUGUUCUUCUGGGGGAGGGAGGUGUUGUUCGGGAGGCCCGGACCCAGACUCUGGAGCCUGACGUGUGGAUUCGCGAAGUGCAGCAGAGGGGACACGGGACACGGAGGCGGCUUCCGCUCAGCCAUCUUGAACUAUUGGAGGAGGUGUUGGUGAUGGGAAUGAGAAUGACCGAGGGCAUUAAUCAUGAGCACUGGAAGUUGUUUAGCCCACAAAGCGGCCUCUUUGAAGUUUUUGGCGCAUCUGUCAGGGUCCAAGAGUUGCUACAGAGCGGACAGCUGAUUCUCGAUGACAGGGGUCUGAGGUGCUCUUGGGAUGGACUGGCCUUACUAGACAGCAUCCUUCCAGCUCUGCUGGUGGAGCUGGAAAGACAAAUUUCUCAAAAGCCACAAGUGGACAGCUCUGUCUCUGCUGCUGGUGGACAAUCAAGGAACACCACCGACCUUCAACGACAGUAAUGUUUCCGGAGCAGAGAAGCUUGUGGCUGACAUAUAAAAACUUCGGUUCUGUGUUUGAGCAGGAUAUCAUACAGACAUUCACACUUUUGAGUGCUACACCAUUUAAAUUUCUUAGUGAAUGUUGUUUAUCAUUUUUCAUGCCAUUGCAAACCUCAACCUCAGUGUUGCCCAUCUCAAAUUGCUGCAGUCCAGCAGUGAUUGAGUAUAUUGUAUUAUCUCUGUGUUGCCUCCUGCACUGGUUUGAAUGAGAGCCUGAUUUAAAUCUCUAGAUGCUGUUAUUACUAGAACGGAAGCACUUUGCACUAAACCUUUAAUUGCUGCCGAUAUUGUCAUUUAAACAUAAUUAUAACUCUGCCAAUGAACAGGAAAUUGUUUUGAUGUCAGAGUCAUUUCAGCAAAUGUCUGUGGUGAAUAUCUGCUGCUGUAAAAAUAUCCACUGGAUGCAUUUUAAUACCACAGUUUUUGAGGUUGAAAAAAAAAUUACAUUAAACCAAUUAAAGCCUCCCAGUAAGCAUUCAUUUCAUUCUUAGACUUUAU